GCCCGCGCGUCGGCGCCGGCGCCAAGGGGCGGCCCCCAGCCCCACCAAGUCCGCCGCGGCGUCCAGGGUCGGGAUCAGCCGCGGCGUCCAGGGUCUGUAGCAACCGCAGCCGAGCCCCAGCGAGCGGGCGGCGGCGCCAUGGCGUGCGUGGGGCUGCUCACCAUGUGCCUGCUCCGGCCGCCCGCGCCCCAGCCCCAGCCCCCGCGGCACCCGCAGCUCGCGCCCGACCCCGGGCCCGCCGGACACGCGCUCUUCCAGGACGUUUUCCGCAGAGCAGACAAGAAUGAUGAUGGGAAGCUCUCAUUUGAGGAAUUCCAGAAUUACUUUGCCGAUGGGGUUCUCAGCCCGGGGGAGCUGCAGGAACUGUUCAGCGGCAUUGAUGGGCAUCUUACCGACAAUUUAGAAACGGAAAAACUGUGUGACUACUUCGCAGAGCACCUGGGUGUCUACCGGCCGGUGCUGGCUGCAUUGGAAUCGCUGAACCGUGCAGUGCUCGCUGCCAUGGAUGCCACCAAGCUGGAGUACGAGAGGGCCUCCAAGGUGGACCAGUUUGUGACGCGCUUCCUGCUGCGGGAGACGGUGAGCCAGCUGCAAGCCCUGCAAAGCUCGCUGGAGGGGGCGUCAGAUACCCUGGAGGCCCAGGCCCGUGGCUGGCGGUCAGAUGCAGAGAGCAUCGAGGCGCAGAGCAGGCCCUGCGGCAGCCGGCAGACAGGACGCCGGGCCCUGAGGAGCGUCAGCCGGUCAUCCACCUGGUCCCCCAGCUCUUCUGACACAGGGCGCAGCUCAGAGGCUGAGAUGCAGUGGCAGCUCCAGGUGAACCGCCUCCAGGAGCUCAUCGACCAGCUCGAGUGCAAGGUGAGGGCCAUGGGGCCAGGGCCCCACGAGGGAGGACCCUCCUGGUAUCCACCCGAGCCAGGCCCAUGCUGGAGGCCCGGCCCACACUCUGUGCCCUCACAGGCCCCCCGGCUGGAACCCCUGCAUGAAGAGGACCUGGCCAAGGGGCCUGAUUCGCACAUCCUCGUGGCCCAGAGGCAGGUCCAGGUGGCAGAGGAAGGCCUGCAGGACUUCCACCGAGCCCUGCGCUGCUAUGUGGACUUCACAGGGGCCCAGAGCCAUUGUCUGCAUGUGUCCGCCCAGAAGGUGCCAGACGGUGCCUCCUUCACCCUGUAUGAGUUCUGGCAGGAUGAGGCCUCCUGGAGAAGGCACCAGCAGACGCCCUGCAGCAAGGCCUUCCAGCGCGUCCUCAUCGACCACCUGCGGGCUCCGGACACCCUCACCACUGUGUUCUUCCCAGCCUCCUGGUGGAUAAUGAAUAACAACUGAGCCAGACCUUCACACGCUGAGGACCCCGGGACCCUGCCUCCCUCCCUCUGGAGCCUUCUGCACUGGCCAGCCCACCCAGCGCAAAGACCAGGGCCUGCCUCCUCCUGGACCUGGGCCUGGUGGAAGGGCUUUCAGCCCAGGGAUCAGGGACUGGGCUGCUUGCUUUCUAUUUAUUAUUGAUUUGUUUAUCCAUGUAUUUUAUUGUUUGUCACUUCAGCCUCCAAGCUACUUUGGCUUCUGCCUGGCUCAGGAGACCUGGAUUCUGGUCCCUCCUGGCUCAGCGACCCAGGGCAGGUUCUGUCCCUGUGUGGGUGGGCCUUGGGCCAUCUGGCUGCCUAGCAAGGCUCCUGCUUUCUUCCUGCUGUCUUGGGGCCAGGCUUCUGCUCCUUUCCAGCUAGCAGCAGAAGCAGGGCUGAUGCUCAGGGACCCAACCCCUCAAACCUUGCCCCUGAGGCUGGGCUGGACCUGGGUGCCCCUGUUGCCCUCCCGGGCCACUAGGCUCUGACUCUUCCAGCACCCAUGGAUGUGCCAGAGGCCUUUGGGUUGGUUUGCAUGCCAUUUUCUUAUCAUUUGCAUGCCCUCACCCCACCCAUUCUCAGGGCACUAUGGGAAGCCCCAAGGUGACCUGGCCAAGUAGCAAUAAUUUGGGCCCAGGGUCACCUGUUGCCCCCAGAGGCCUCUGAAGCCCAGGCUGGGACCCCAGCACAGAGGCAAUAAAGGCAGUGGUCCUUUCCA